GGCUAUGCAACAAUGGCCAAGCUCCUUUCUCUUCCUCCAAUUCUCAUGUUAUUUUUGUUCAUGACUACCAUAAACAAGUCUUCCUCAGCUAGAACUCUUGCCAAUCCAUCCCCUAACCACCACCAUGACCACCACAGAAUAACAUUUUUAAUGCAGUACAUGCUGAAUGAUACUAGCCCAUCAGAGAACCCUACUACUAAGGUUACUGGUAAAAUUCCUUUCCCAAAACCUCUUGGCUUUUUCCCUCCCAUUGGAGGAAUUCCAAUACCCCAAUCCACUUCAUCUUCCACCCAAACACUUGAUUUAUCAAGCAUUGGCUUCUCCUUUCCUUCCACAGCAACACUUCAGGAGCUGGAAUAUGGAUCAGUAAUAUCAAUAGAUGAGGAACUACUUGAAGGUGAUGGAGAUGAAGUAAAGAAAAUGGGAAAAGCACAAGGGGUGUAUGUGGCUGGCUCAGAGGAGGAUGGAAGUAGCCAUAUGGUGGCAUUGACAGCAAGUUUUGAGAUGGGUGACUAUCAAGAUGGGCUCAGACUAUUUGGAGUGCACAGGACAGAUGUUUAUGAGUCACAUGUUGCAGUCAUUGGAGGCACUGGAAAGUAUAAUGGUGCUAAUGGUUAUGCUGCAGUUAAGGUUGUGGACAGCGUAGGGUCUAGCACACAAGGAACUGUGACAAGUUCAAAGUUCCUUUCGUUUGAUGUGUAUCUUAGUUAUUACUCCCUCCGUCCCUAAUUAUAAGCUAAAGUUGUAAAAAUCACGCUUGUUAAAAAAGGUUUAAUUGAUGCUUUGGUUUUUGAAAAAAAUGUGCAACUUUUCAUGUUUACCCCUAUUUAAGAUAGAACUUUUUAAUUAUUAUACUAUGAAUAGUGCUCCACUACCAAUAAAUGCAAGGGUAAAUAUGGAAAAAAAUAUUAGCUUUUACAACUUUAGCUUAUAUUUAGUGACAAAACAUAGGUCUCAACUUUAGCUUAUAAUUAGGGACGGAGGGAGUAGAAUCUAAAGUAUCCAAGUGUGUAAAAGAAUCCAAAUUGAAAUUGUGUGUGUUUGGAUCUAAUGAUUUCAGGUAAUCUGAUAUUGAUAUAAUUUAUAUUUCGAUAUGUUUAUUGAUAAAGUGAUUUUUA